AUGGGAAGUGAGACAAGCUACAGGGUGGCUGUAGGCAGACUGGCUAUCUGGGAGAGCAGCGGGGCUGCGGUAACUUGCAGGGAGGUUGGAGGAGUGGCGACACUAUGGAAGAGUAAGAGGGAGGCAGGGAAGCUGCUGACUGUAUUGUUGGAAGAGCUGGAACGCAACUUCAGUUUUACUGAGAGGUUAACUGCAAAAUAUGCUGGUGCUGGAGUGAUGUACAUGGUGUCGAAGAAGCUGAAGAAAAAGUACGGCAUUACUGAUGAGCGUGCUGCUUUAUAUGAUGCAGCACAAACAUGGACAAAAGCUCUAGAUGGCAGAGAUUUUCUUGGUGGUUCCAGGCCUAAUCUGGCAGACCUUGCUGUCUUUGGGGUUCUUAGACCAAUUCGCCAUCUGAGGGCUGGUAGGGAUAUGGUUGAGAACACUGAUAUAGGAGAGUGGUACCAAAGAAUGGAAGCAGUUGUUGGAGAUUCUUCACGUCUUCCAGCCUAGAAGCCAUUACUUUGUAUCAACUAAUUUUUAUACACAGCAAGCAUAGGCUCAGCUGAGUUGCUGAGAUUUUGGCUAAUAUUUGAGCUGCAGCAUAUUAUACUAGAUCUGGUAACAUUUUGCAAAUUUAUAAACAUUAAAAUCAGAUUACUUGCUGCUAUUUAUUUUUUAUUAUUUUUUAUGCAAUAUGAUUUUGU